CCUCCAUGUCAGCAGAUUUUCUACUGUAAGUUACUUCUUAUUUAGAUGUUAAAGCUCUCAGAAAUAUAAUUCUGUGUUACUUCAGUGAAUUCUUUGUUUCAGAGAGGUCAGCUAGCGAGUCCUUUUGCUCGAGCCUCAGCUUUAAUAACAGCGGGGAAUAAGGUUCAAGGCCUCUUCAGAUAUUGCACCCCUUGGUGUGCGGAGUGAGGUUUGCACCUGGCAGUAUUUGUGUAGUUUGUACACUGUAAACCCACAUUUUAUAUGGACCCAAAUACAUUAGGUCUCUUGGACAGAAAUAUAAUGAUUUCCCGUUUGAAACCCAAACAUUUUAGAUAAACGGAACCUUUUUGACCACUUUGUACAUACAACCUGUAUCUUUGGACUGAAUUAAUCAAACAAUUUGUACCAUUGCUAAAUGGAAAGAUUUCAUUGGCUAGUUUGAAGGCCAGAUGCCCCGCUCAGCAAUGUUUCUGAAGCGAGAACGUGCGGAGGUGUGAGCUUUUGAUGACGAAGAGCGAGGGGAAGAUGGAAAUAUAACAACGACAAAUGAGAGAAAGAAGAGGAAGAAAAGGAGGGAAAGAAGAAAAGGAACGCUGAGGUUUUUAUGAGAGUUUCUCCGUGGACAAGUUCUGCAGAUUCUGCAUGGCAUCGAGGAGUGAGGCACAACAAAAAGAGAUGGCAUCAUCAACCACCAUGAGAGUCAUCCUAACUGAAGCCGAUGUCUGAAAAUUGAAGCUAACCUCAAGGCCUAGCUCAGUUGCGGAUUUGAUUAUGUAUAUAAAAGACUCACUCGGACUCGAAUAUGACUUCAACUUACAGUUUCGAGACCCAGAGUUUGAUAAUGAACUUUGCAACCUCACAGAUUUAUCAGAACUGCCGGAGAAGCCAACAGUAAAGAUCAUUCCAUUGCUCCAUUUGGUCUCCCUUCCAUCAAGCUUAUCUGAAUGACACUGUGUCUACAGCAGAUACCGAGCUGCUCUCCACUUCGUCGACAGAAGCAAGGAAGCCAUGGCCCGAUGACUUCUUAAUUCCAAAAUUCUCUGUAGAUGUCGAGUACAGACACUCCGUCAGGGGAAUUUGACUUAUCUCAAGGAGGGAACAUACCUUAAGGUCUCAAAAGAGUUGAAGCAUGACAUCCUUCACAGGCUGGCAGAAACAAUUUACUCAUUCAAAGCAUACCCAACUACUCAUGACCUCAACGCAUUAGCCAGGGCAUUAAUAGCGGCUCAUCCUUGCCUUCAAGAACCGGCAUCACCAUCUGGUUGCUGUGGGUGGAAGAACAGCCUUAAAGACAAAAUGGGCAAUUACAGGUCAAAAAUGAGAGCUCUGGGACAUGAAGAUGUCAAGGUCAGUGCAGGGAAACGAGGACGAAACACCCCGAAUGGCGAGCCUCCACACAAGAACAUAAAAAAGCCAAAGAAAGGGGAAAUCAAUUACUUACCAAAUAUUCCGGGUGGACACAAUAACACAAGCCUUGAAGAUGCCCGAAAGCAAUUAGUGGACGAGAUGAAGAAAAAGAACCCAGACGGAACACUUAUCAAUCAGAAGAUGGAUGUAACAUUGUCUCUGCAAAGGAAGGAAGUUGUGCAGGACAAGCCACCUGUGAUCCAGAUGCUCCAGCGUUGGCCAGCACUGUUCGUGGAAAAUCAGGUGUACCAGAAAUUUAACAGGGUCGUGGGGAAAAACCUGAAGCAAGAAUUCUACGACUCCCUUGAUCGCCAUUGUCCUGCACUUGUUGAUGUCAUGAAGUCAAAGAGAGGGCUGAAGGGGCAGCUGCUUGAUGCACUUUUGCGCCAAGCACAGACAUCGGACAUUGUCGACAUACGAUGCCUCGUCCUGAGAGGGCUGGCAGUGCUUCUGGACGACAACCCAUCUGAAUUCUUCAAGGACUGUUUUGUAAGUCAUACCACUUGGUUACCUUUGUACCUUGGUUACCGGGUGACGACGCCGACACGUCAGUCAAGCGAACCGAAACUAAAUACCGGACGUUUGUGAUAUUCCGCCCGAACAUAUUUUAAGUCUCAAAAAUAAUAUACGUUAAUUAAAUUAAUUAUCUUCAAAAGCUGAGCCGCAUCAGAGGGAUCA